AAAAAAGGAGAAGAGAAACCCGUGUGAAUGGUUGGCUUUGGAAGUGCAAACGUAAUCGCGGAGAUUUUGAUCCGAGACGGCUGAGAAGAAGCUGGAGUGAAGCAACCAUUGGGCUGGGCAUGAAGGAAUCCUUUCUGGAUGAUUAUUGAAAGAAUGCCGUUUCUUCAUGGCUUCCGUAGAAUCAUCUUCGAAUAUCAGCCUUUAGUAGAUGCGAUCUUGGAGUCUCUGGGGCUACAAGACCCCGAAAACCAGGAGUUGCCGGAGAGCUCCAGGUCUGCGUCCGAAGACCACAGCAAAUUUCUGGUUCUCCAGAAGCUUCUGGAAAGCGAAUCCCGUUCGGCUUUUUACCAAGAAGGCGUGAGCUACACGCUGCUGAAGGUCUCGGAGCUCGGGCUGGUUCGAGCGGCUGAAGUCCUUUUGCACAAUGGGGCAGACAUCACCUUCGAAGAUCCGGUCACCUAUUACACAGCCUUGCACAUCGCGGUGCUACGAAACCAGCCGGAUAUGGUUGAACUCCUGGUGCAGCGUGGCGCAGAUAUCAACCGUAGAGACAGGAUCCAUGAAAGCAGCCCUUUGGAUCUAGCCAGCGAAGAGCCAGAACGCCUGCCUUGUCUGCGGCGUCUCCUAGAACUCGGGGCCAAUAUCAACGCUGCUGAUAAACAUGGAAAGACCGCUUUGCUGCAUGCGCUGGCCAGCAGCGACGGCGUUCAAAUCCACAACAUCGAAAACAUUCGCCUCUUGUUGGAAGGAGGCGCAGACGUCAAAGCGACAACCAAAGAUGGGGACACCGUUUUCACCUUCAUCAUCUUCCUGCUGGGCGAGACAGUGGGCAGCGACGCCGAAGAGGCCAAGAUGAUCCACCGCUUCUGCUUCCAGGCCACGCGGCUGCUCAUGGCCCACGGCGCCAACCCCAGCGAGUGCCCGCCUUAUGAGUCCCUCACCCACCUCUGCCUGAAGAGCUUCCGGCUGCAUUUCCCGCUGCUGCGUUUCCUGCUGGAGUCCGGGGCUUCGCACAGCUGCUCCCUCCACGGACCGACAUGCUGGUCUGGCUUCGACAUCAUCUUUGAGCGCCUCUGUUCCCAUCUCAGCGAGUCUGAGGACGACAGCUUCUCCAUCGACUUGCUGCAGAAAGCCGAGACUGCCCUGGAGCUGAUGAUGGCCAGCGGCCCCGUGGUCAAGCUGCCCAGCAACUUCCAGAUCGACCUGAGCCACUGCCGCUACCACCAAGACAAGAUCCAGGCGCUUUUCGGGAAGCUCAAACAGCUGGAGAACAGCCCGCCUACCUUGAAGCACCUGUGCCGAGUCUACCUGCGGCAGUUUCUCCAACCUUGGCCCGUAGACGUCAAGGUGAAGGCCCUCCCUCUGCCCAACCGCUUGAAGAGAUACCUCCUCAUAGAUCCGAGCGCAUCUCUGGAGCAGGUGUGACCUCCUGGAAGGAGAAGUGGACCUCAGAUAUUUGGCAUCUUGGGUCUCCUCGUUGCUAGCGGACCAGCACACAAACGGCAAGGUCUCCGAUCAACGUUCGACAGCCAACGACGUGGUGUAUAUAUACCGUGUCUGCGGCAGCACUUUCCACUGGUGGGUAUGUGGGAGCAGGUGGGUGGGUGGCAGUUAGAUGUUGCAACAGAAUCACAUCCCCACAGCAGCUGAACCGGCGGGGAAAAUCCUUUCUGGACUUGUGUAACCAGCAGAAGGAAGAAUUUGUCCCUCUUGUGCCAAAGGAUUGUGAGGUUGUAUAGGCUUAUAUGUAGGAGCCCUACUGAACCAUCCAUGGUCAAGACAGGAAUGCCGAUUAAAAGAACGUGCCUACGCUCUUCACAUAUUGUCGUGCUACGGAUAAAAACAUUGUUCCACUUUGUGAUAAAUCUUACUACAGGUAGUCCUUGCUUACUGAUGGUAAUUGGGACUGGGAAGUCUUCGCUGCUAAGCGAGUCACACCACGUGACAUCAUGUGAGUUGAGUAACUUACACUUGUAGUUCCAGAAACCCGAGUUGCCAUUGUUAGCCAAAUCAUAGCAUCCCACCGUUAUGCGAUCGUACAUUUUCGACGUCCCGCUGUCUUUCCCCAUUGACUUUACAAACGGGUAGUCCUUAACUUACAACAAUUGGCCCCAAAAUUUAUGUUGCUAACCGAGACAAACAUACCCGAUUUAAGAUGCUCAAUUCAGGAUCUUCAAACCGCAGUUCUUUACAUCCAAGGCAGCUGUUCUAUCAUUUUAAUUGA